CAUCGACUUGAGUAUUGAUAUAUUUUCUACUUUAAUCGUUUUUAUACAGAAUUUCAUUUAUAACAAUGAAAAUCAGAGUCGAUCCAAUUGAAUCAAUCGCGGCGUUUUAUGCAGAACAAAGUAUAUUCUUGACAGGUAGCACAGGAUUUUUCGGCAAAGUAUUUAUUGAGAAAGUACUACGAUCCUGCAAGGAUGUUUGCGAAAUAUUCGUCUUAAUUCGGCCAAAGAACGGAAUGAAUAUCAAUGAAAGGCUGAAAAAGAUGCUGACUUUACCGUUGUUUGAUAAACUCCGAGAUGAGCAGCCAUCUAGUUUUAAGAAAUUAAUUCCCAUUUUGGGUGACUCGAGUGAAAAGGAAUUAGGCUUAUCUCUAAGCGACAAACAAAUGUUAAUCGAAAGAGUGACUAUAAUAGUCCAUGCUGCAGCGAAUGUUAGAUUUAACGAAAGCCUAAAAUCUUCCAUUCUUGUUAAUACCAGAUCUACGAGAGAUAUUUGUAUUUUAGCAGAAAAUAUGAAGAAUUUGGUGGCAUUAGUGUACGUUAGCACAGGGUACUCGCAAACGGAUCAUCCCGUUAUAGAAGAAAAAGUAUAUCCGCCUAAAGCCGAUUGGCGAAAGACGAUCCAAAUUGCAGAAUCGAUGGAUGAUCAUAUUUUAAACAUUUUUACAGCUAAAUAUAUAAAUAAUGCCGCAAAUACUUAUGUUUUCUCCAAGAAUCUGGCUGAAGGCGUUAUAAAGGAUUAUUCUGCGUCAUUACCUUGUGCGAUUAUCAGGCCAACUAUGGAAAGAGUACAAAAAGUUUGGAUGGAAGAAUUCAUUUGCGAUGUUAUAAAAGAAAAACGUAUAUAUACGUAUAUGUACGGACAGAGUGCACUUUUGGGUACCAAGAAAUAUCUGUUUAAUGAUGAUGUUAGUACAGCAGGAAUAAAUAUUGCUAGAGCACGUUAUCGAAGAGUUCAUUCAUUUAUGACAAUGAGUAAGAUUAAUAUUGAUCCAACUAAAUCAAUCGCGGCGUUCUACGUAGAACAAAGUAUAUUCUUGACAGGCGGCACAAGAUUUUUGGGCAAAGUAUUCAUCGAAAAAGUAUUACGAUCCUGCAAGGACAUUCGCGAAAUAUUCGUCCUAAUUCGUCCAAAAAAGGGAAUAAAUAUCAAUGAAAGGCUUGAAAAGAUGCUGAGUUUACCGCUAUUCGACAGACUUCGGAACGAACAGCCUUCUAGUUUUAAAAAGUUAAUUCCCAUUUUGGGUGAUUCGAGUGAAAAGGAAUUAGGCUUAUCUCUAAGCGACAAACAAAUGUUAGUCGAAAGAGUGACUAUAAUAGUCCAUGCUGCAGCGAGUGUUAGAUUUAACGAAAGCCUAAAAUCUGCCAUUCUUGUUAAUACCAGAUCUACGAGAGAUAUUUGUAUUUUAGCAGAAAAUAUGAAGAAUUUGGUGGCAUUAAUAUACGUUAGCACGGCAUACGCGCAAACAAAUAAUCGCGUUAUAGAAGAAAAGGCAUAUCCACCUAAAGCCGAUUGGCGAAAGACGAUCCAGAUCGCAGAAGUAUUAGAUAAUCAUAUUUUAAAUACUUUUACAGAUAAAUACAUGAAUAAUGCCAUCAAUACUUAUACUUUCUCCAAGAACUUAGCGGAAGGUGUUAUAAAGGAUUAUUCUGCAUCAUUACCUUGCGCAAUUGUCAGACCAACUAUGGUGAUACCUGCAUUGAAUGAACCAUUUCCGGGUUGGGUAGAUAACAUAAAUGGUCCUAUUGGAAUGUCUAUUGGUUUCGGAAAAGGAUUAUUACAUGUAUGUUUAAUUCGCAAAGAACUAUAUCAAGAUUGGAUACCAGUUGAUAUUGUAAUUAAAACGAUACUUCACGCAAUCUGGAAAUGCGGUACAAUUUCAUACGAUAAUCAUAUAUCAACGUUGCCAAAUUCUGCACCAUUAGUCUUUAAUAGUGCAUCUGGCAAUUUGAAUAAACUUUCAAUAUCGGAAAAGUUACAAAGAGGAAUUUACAUUGCACGAGAGAUUCCUUUCGAUCAAACUUUUUGGGCUUGUAAUAUUUAUGUUACAAACAGUUUUACUUUGUUUUAUAUAUUGACUAUAUUAUGGCAUAUUUUGCCAGCUAUGUUAAUAGACUUGAUUUUAAAAUUAUUUAAUUAUAAACCUAGGUUUCUAAAGUUGUUUAGAAAAAUAUAUAUACAAAAUUGUGAGUUAAAAUGUUUUGCAUACUAUGAUUGGAUAUUCGAUAAUGCAAAUGCACUAUUUAUAAAUGACUCAUUAUCAGUUAAUGCAGAAGAAUUCAAAUUCCAGACUAAUAAUAUUCAAAGGGACUCUUUAAAGUAAGUAUAUGAGAAGAUAAGAUGUAAUAAAAAAAUAAAAUAAAAUGCAGCAAUAUAUAA